UUCACCUUAAUCUCUUUCCUUUUGCUGUUUUCUGGAUAAACAUAUUACACAAAACCUCCAUUGAAUUGCUAGCCAAUUAGUUUAAACGAAGAAUGGGUACAGGAAGCGGUACACGAGUGCCGAUUCCUGAUAAUAAACCGUUCGUUACAACCUUGAAGGCUAACCUAAAGGAGACAUUUUUCCCUGAUGAUCCUUUUAGAAGAUUGAAAAAACAACCAUUACAAAGAAAAUUGUUGUUAGGAUUGCAAUAUUUUGUACCAAUAUUCGAAUGGGCACCUCGUUACACAUUCAAGUUGUUUAGAGCAGAUCUAAUUGCGGGUGUAACAAUUGCUAGUCUUGCUAUUCCUCAAGGAAUUAGCUAUGCUAAUUUGGCUACCUUACCUCCCCUUAUUGGCCUUUACUCAAGCUUGGUACCACCAUUGGUAUACGCAAUGAUGGGAAGUUCAAGAGAUUUGGCAAUAGGCACAGUUGCAGUUGCAUCUCUUUUGUUUACUGAUAUAUUGGGUAAGGUUGUCAGUCCUACUGAUAAUCCUACAGAAUAUUUACACUUAGCUUUUACAGCUACUUUCUUUGCCGGACUUAUUCAAGCUUCUCUUGGCCUCCUCAGACUGGGAUUUAUUGUGGACCUAUUAUCGCACGCAACCAUAGUAGGCUUCAUGGGAGGAGUUGCGACAAAUGUUUGUUUUCAGCAAUUUAAAGGCAUUUUGGGAUUACAACAUUUCACACAUAAAUCCGAUAUCAUUUCUGUUCUUAAGGCUAUUUUUUCCCAAACUCAUCUGUGGAGAUGGCAACCUGCGAUUCUAGGUUGUGGCUUUCUCUUCUAUAUGGUCUUGGCAAGAUUCUACAGUAAGAGAAAACCGAUAUAUUUUUGGAUAAGUGCAAUGGCUCCCCUUACAUCUGUUAUUCUAGGAAGCUUGAUCGUCUACUUGACUCACGCCGAGAAACAUGGCAUCCAAGUGAUUGGACACUUGAAGAAAGGACUAAACCCACCAUCUUAUAGGGAUUUGGCAUUCGGAUCACCCCAUCUCACUACUGCGAUUAAAACGGGUGCCAUUACUGGAAUCAUUGCAUUAGCUGAAGGUGUGGCAGUUGGUCGAAGCUUUGCACUGGUUAAGAACUACCACAUCGAUGGGAACAAAGAGAUGCUAGCAUUUGGGCUAAUGAACAUUGUUGGCUCUACCACUUCCUGCUAUCUCACUUCAGGAAUAUUUUCAAAAACAGCAGUGAAUUUUAACGCAGGGUGUCAAACAGUGGUAUCGAACAUAAUAAUGUCAAUAGGAGUGAUGUUGACGUUGUUAUUUCUAAUACCAUUUUUUAGUGUCACACCGCUUGUGGUUCUUUCAUCAAUUAUAAUGAAUGCUAUGCUUGGACUGAUCAAAUAUGAACAAGUCAUUCAUCUUUGGAAGGUUGACAAAUUCGACUUCGUCAUUUGUAUAUGUUCUUAUGUCGGGGUCGUCUUUGGGAGUGUCGAGAAUGGCUUGAUUACCGCGGUUUGCCUAUCUGUAGUAAGACUUCUACUAGUAGUGGCAAGGCCUAAGACCUUGGUGCUAGGAAACAUACCAAACACUACGUCCUACAGAAGCAUCCAACACUAUGAUUUUGCCCAAAGAGUUAGUGGUAUUCUCAUCCUACAAAUUGAUGGCCCUAUCAACUUCGCUUGCACUAACUACUUAAGAGAAAGAAUCAUGAGAUGGGUUGACGAGGAAGAAGAUAGGAUAAAAUCUUGUGGAGAAAAAAGUCUGCAAUAUGUGAUACUUGAUUUAGGAGCCGUAGGCAGCAUCGAUACUAGUGGGAUCAGCCUAAUGGAAGAAGUACAGAAAUUCAUCGAAAGAAAGGGUAUAAAGCUUAUACUAGCAAACCCAGGAAGUGAGGUGAUCAAGAAAAUACAUCUUUCCAACUCUAUUAAAACCUUUGGUGAGGAGCACAUACAUCUCACGGUGGCUGAAGCAGUCAAAGCAUGCACAUUCGUGGUGCAAGUAGAUGUGUAAAUGGGUUGAUAUAUUCGCGCGUCAACUACUCUCGAUGCAAACUUGUUUGUUAAUAAAUAAGUUUGAACGAAACAUGCAUUUAGCUCGUUAAGUAAAUGUGCCAAGCGGAAACAACUACGUACAUGUUCGACUUCUAAUGUUCAUCAACAACUCAUGUAAGCUCAUCUCUUCGGAUAUGACUUGUGUAAAGCUCGUUCAAAUUCCAAAAAUAUUUACUUUUCAAAUAUCUUUAUCUUUUAAAUGAAUUUAAUUUUUUUUUCAUUUCUAUGAAAAUUCUGUAAUAAGUAGUUUUUUGAUAGGAAGAUCGGAAAAGACUUGAAUCAAGUUAAAUGUAUUUUAAUAGUUUUCUUUUAAAGGUAAAUUAAGUAGGUAAAGCUCAUUUAUUUCA